UGCGCCCUGGGCGCAAAGAGCCGCGCUGGCCCCGGACCCCCUGCGCGGAGAGCAGCCGCCGGGGCUCGGCUUACCGAGAGGACGGGGCUUCCCUUCUUGGGAGCCGGAGCAGCGGUCCCCGUCUCCCGGGCACCCCUGCCUCGUGGUCCCCGGUCCCGAGGGCACCUCCGCGCCGUGGGAUCCCGCCGUGACCCCGGCCGGGGGAGACACGGUGGGGCCCCGCGCCUGCCGCGCCGUGUAUAGAGGCAAAGAGGGGGCGGGAGGCAGUCCCUGUUCUUGAAAAAAUGCGGUUCGCUCUUUUCUUGUCCUGGUGCUGCUGCCUGCAUGGAUGUGCGCUAGGGACUGGCUUCCUCUAUCAAUUCCCAGCAUCAACCCUGCAGCACAACUAUCCAGAACAGAGCUCGGGCUCUCCGGGCAGCGGCUUCGCCAGUCGCCGGCACUGGUGUCACUACACAGUCACACGGACAGUUUCCUGCCAAGUGCAGAAUGGGUCAGAAACUGUGAUCCAGCGAGUUUAUCAGAGCUGCCGAUGGCCUGGACCUUGUGCCAACUUAGUGAGUUACAGGACUCUCAUCAGGCCCACAUACAAAAUGUCCUACAGAACCGUGACCACGCUGGAGUGGAGGUGCUGUCCUGGCUUCACUGGGAGCAACUGUGAAGAGGAAUGCAUGAACUGCACAAGACUAGCAGACAUGACCGAGAGGCUAAACACACUUGAGGCCAAGGUCCUUCUGCUCGAGGCUGCAGAGCGAAGCCCAGCACUGGAGAACAACCUGCCAAUCACUGGGACAACAGCCACCUGGUAUGAUGAGCUGCUACCAGAUGCCUUCCCCCUCCUAAAUCCUGGGACUGUCCUGAGAAAAGCAGUGGGAUCUCCUGAGCCUAAAGGACACAGAGGUGCAGAGGAGCAGCUGAUACCACAGGGGCUGCCAGGACAGGUUGGUCCUCCAGGCCCAGUCGGACCAACUGGUCUUCCAGGACCACCAGGGCCAAAAGGAGAGAAGGGACAACCGGGUGAGAGAGGCCCUGCAGGGCCACCAGGGCUGUUGGGACCUCAAGGACCACGAGGACUUCCAGGAGAAACAGGGAUCCCUGGUCCCCCAGGUCCUCCAGGACCACCAGCCACCCCAAGCCUCCCUCUUACCUUCCAACAAGGGGUUCUCUACUCACUCCAGCCCACAGCAGAAAAAGAAAAUGGAGAACCCCAGCUGGCCUCCACCGUCAUAGACACCAUCAUGGCUGGCCUGCCAGGACCACGGGGAGCCCCGGGCCCGGUGGGGCCUCCAGGGCCACCAGGUGCAUCAGGACCCAAAGGGCCACCAGGACCCAUCGGAGCCCCGGGAUCACAAGGCUUACCAGGCUCUCCAGGACAACCUGGGCCAAAAGGCUCCAAAGGAGACAGAGGAGAGAGGGGUGAACCAGGCAAGAAGGGUGAGGAAGGUGACAAAGGUGCUGAUGGGGAAGGUGUCCAACAACUUCGAGAAGCUCUGAAGAUUUUAGCAGAGAGGGUAUUAAUUCUUGAGCACAUGAUAGGAAUUCAUGACUCUUUAUCUUCCAUUGAGCCAGGCUCUGGACAAGAUGUGAUCCCGGGCUCCCCUCUGAGAACCAGCAUCAAGAUCAAGCGUGGAGGACCACAGCAGCCACAGCCCUACCAGAUCCUCUCUUCACUGCUGGAUGACAGUGAAGCCAAAAGGAGAAGCAAUCGGAUGAAGUAGGAGCAUCUGUGUGUGUUCUCCCUGUCUGUUCACCACUUAAAGAUACAGUAUCCCAGUGCUUAAUUGAAGAGUGCAAAUGAAGUGAGUAGGAGGCUGCAGUGUUGGCAACUGGGUCUCUUUACCCAGCCAAUGCUACACCCUUAUUGCAGGGAACAUCUCAUCCAUAGGUUAGAGAGGGUCGUAUGAACAUUUUUCUGGAUUUUGUUGUUUUGCCUUUGGAAUACCAAGUGGCAGGUACCAUCAGAAGCUGUCUACACAAACAACACCUCCUGACUGUGUCUCAAGAGUUUAAUCUCCCCUUGUUUCCUCACUGCCCUUGAAAAUUACUCAGUUAAAGCACUGCUUAACUGGCUGAGAUAAUCAAUCCCAUCUAGAUGCAAAGGCAAGCCUUAAUAUUGUCCAUUGCUAUAGCUGGUGGUCUCUGCUUUUAUUUCAUGUGGUGGUAUCAUGCUGACUUCCAGAUGAAGGUACCACAUCCACAGGGCUAUUAAAGCACAACCUGCAAGCAUUUCUUUUAAGCAAAGAACAAACUGGAAAAUUCAGACAUCAUUUUAAACUGUUAUUCUGAAAAAUCAGGUUACUCAUUGGACUUCAGCAUUGAAAUCUUGGCUUUUCACAUUGCUAAUUGCAUGUGAGUGGGAUUAUUUCUAUUCAUGGUUGGCUAAGCAAGGACUUUUGAUGCAAAUGUUCAUGGCAACAUUGACUGUCUUCAGUCUACCUAGGCUGUUUCUGUGAAAAUAUAGAUCAGUUUGUUUGAGAUACAAAAUUGUUCAAGCAUUUUCUCAUAUCGUGUUCAGCUUGUGCAUACAUCCAGAGGUAAUUCAUUUAAGUAGCAGCAAUGACUAUUCACAGACAAGGAUAUUUUGCAAUAGUUGCUUAAUCCUACAUCAAUAAGGAAAAAUAUUUUCACAGUGUUUUGUUUUUAUCUUGAGUAAAUCCUUACUGUUUGUCUCUGGAGACAGUGUGUUUAGUGAACCACCACCUAAGGAAUUAGUGUCUUGUCAGAGCUCUUGCACUGGGAGUUAAAUACAAAGUCAUUUUACUUUUUACAAUAACUUGUUACUUUGGGGAAGUCCCAGCUUCCAGGGCUAAGAAGGUGAACCUGCCCUUCAGUGACAAAUGAAUCACUACAUGUGCUGCACAAACCAAAUUGGACAAGCUGGUGUCAUUCAUGUAGACAGUGAUAUUUUGUUAGAAAGGGUGAGACUAACCAACAGAACUGUUGGUACUGUUUUUAUUAUUUUUUUUUUUUAAAUUCCCACACCCCCGUGUUCUGAUAGGUUUCAAAUUCAGCCCAGAACAAAAGUGAGCAGAUACAUAAGGGGUUGAUAAGCUUGGUCUUGAUCCGAUGGAGAUUACCAGACAAAGCUGUGGCUUCCAGGAGACAACCCCUUAUGCCUACCAGUAAGUGUUGGAACAUCAGGUCCCCCAGACUGAAGGGAAAUCCCAGUUCAGUCUAAAUGGGUAUAGUGGGCAGGCUGGUGCUAGCUCUAGUUUCUUGCUACAUUCAGAAAGUGUCCUCAUGGCAGUUUCAGCAACUAAAUUAAACCAAAGCAAGGUUCAAAAAGGGAACUAGCAAAAUUCAUUUCAUUGCUCCUGUGGCUACAGGGUUGAGUUUGAGGAAGAGGGAGUACAAUGAGGCCAUUUUCACUUCCCUGACAUUUUGGAGCCUUCACACUGAAUUAACAGAGAAAUUUUUCUUCCGCCAAGUUUGUCUUCCUGAAUCCAAAACUAUUGCAUUAGCCUGAUGAGUGCUCUCUCCAAGUAAUUCAUAUACUAGGAUA